CUAUAAUCUUUAAUAAAAUAAAAUUAUUAAUUAAGAUUAUAUUACAAUAAUUUAAUAUUUAAGUUAGUAAGCAAGGCAAUCUAAUAAGAAUUAAUAUUCUAAAAUGGAUUUGUAUCUAUCUACACCCUUUAAUUUUUCCACAUAUCUCUUUGUGAUUUUGCUUAUGAUUUAAUAUGUCUUUUAUUGGCAGUUAAAGAAAUAUAAAACAUACAAAUAAUACCUAAAAUAGAAAUAGAAAUCAAAAUAUGAUGAAUAUAAUAUUCCUGAUAAUUAAGAAUACAGCUUAUUUCUUUACAAUAAUUCAAUAUUUUCUUUUUUGGAUUAAAACUUAAUUAAUAAGUUUGAAUUAGAUGAUCGCAGUUAAGAAAAUACUGAGUAGGAACUGCCACUACCUGUUAUACACUCUUCUAAAUUAGCUGAUGAAUCUAAUAAUAAUGAAUAAAUUACAAAAAGAAAUGUUGAGGAAGCAUCAAAUGAAAUUGGGACUCAAUCCAGCUAAGUAAAUAGCAAGGUAAAUAGGCAAAUAUAAGUUUAGUAAGAAAACAAUGCAUCUCAUAUGAUUGAAACCAGCAGCUAACAAAUAGAAUCCAGAUUAAAUCAAUAAUAAGCAGCUACUAAUAAUCAGUAAGAAAGCUAAUCGCUAAGUAGUGAUGACGAUUACGAUGAAGACGAUGAUGAAGAGGAUGAUUACGAAAGUUAUAACGAUGAUGAAAACUUUUAAGAAGAUAAGGAAAACCCAAAAGGAAAAAAAAUAAGAUAUUUGAAAAAGAAACCUUUACUUACUGGAUUACAAACUUUCUUUAUUUACUGGGCUUUCAAUGUUUUCUCAAUGCCACUUUAUUGCUUAAUUUUGAUAAUUAGAGAUAAUUGCACUACAUAAUCUGUAUGGAUCAUUCUUAGUAUUUUAUCGCUAAUACCUUCAUUUACCAAUACACAUUCUAUUAUAUUUUUUGCUUGUAUAGUUUAGAAUCAAGGUAUAUUCCUAAAGCUCAAAGAUGAGUAAUAAAUGAGCGAAUCUAAAAUUAAAAGCAAUUACAAUAAAAAUGAUGACCUCAGCAAUGGUAAUUCUAUUUCUAACAACUCUAGUAAUAACAUUGGUAGCAAAAAUAGAAUGAACAGUAAUUUCUUUGAAAGUGAAAGAAAAAUUUUUGUAGAGCACUCUUUAAAAAGAGCUGAGAUUACUUCAUUAGUCUUUACUUUUAUCUAAUUAGGAAUACUAAUAUAUUGCUUUUGCUAAGGAGAAUAUGAUCCUAAAUUUAUCAUGAUGAAUCCACUUCUUAUUCUGAUUAAAAGUAUAAAUUACUUGCACAUUAGUUUUACAAAAUAGCUGAGUUAUUCAAACUAAAAGAUAUAAACAUAAAGAAUUCUUUAUUAAUAUUACGCCAAUUUCUAUCCUAAAAACUUUGACCUUAAAGGCAUCUAUAACGAAUUCACAAAAAGCAAAUCUUUAUAAAAUGAAUAGAAUAACUUAGAGGAAUUCAAGAAAUUUUUAGAAUCUAAAGCUUAUUUAGCUAUUCAAGAUUUUAAGUAAAAAGAAGCCUACAUUGAAAAUUAAUAAUUAAAGGAUAUUAUUUCAAAUUAAGGUUUAAAAGCUUAAUUAGAAUUUUAGCUUCUUUCAUCUAUUCUUUUAAGCAUUCUUCCUUUUGCUCUUUUAGUUAUAAGCUUUAUUUCAACUCUAUCAUUAAUAUAAUAAGAUAGUUAAAAAAAUUUUAAAUAUCUAAAUAUUCAAGACUACUAUUCCAGGUCAUAUACAAAUAUCAAUAUAUCUUAUCUUUUAAAUGAAAAUACUGAUAAUGGUUGCUCAGUAAUAUUUAACGUUGUAAUUAUUUUAGAGUAUUUAAUUCUACUUCGUAUUCACAAUUUAAUUAAAAAAAAAGUUGUCUUAAAUACAACAAAAGAUCCAAAAAAAUACGAUUGAAAAAUAGCAAAAUUAAAAAUAAUAUCAAAUAUAAUUUAAUAUGGUUCUUUUAUUGAUAAAAAACUCAUAUUAAGUCUUUUUUGUAUGCUUAUUAAUUACAUUUACAUAUACUGCAUAGAUAGUUUUAACAAAAAUUAAUUUAUUCUCUAUAA